GAACUCUAUUGUCAUUAUUACUUAAUCCAUUUUACAACUUCAAUUUAUCAAAUACAAAACUUAAUAAAAUGUUGGAUUUGUUGUUAAAAUCAAGUUCGAAUCCUUUAAAGAUUGUUAAGAUUUUAGUUAAGAAAUUCAGAGGCAAUAUUUGUGAAUAUUAUUCCAGUUUAUCUGAAUCAAAAAAGCUCAGUGGAGAAAUACAACCAUCGUGCUAUUCAAAUAUCUCUGAAAUAGAGAAGAAAUUAAGAAAUUCUGGUAGACAAAUCUUAGACAGAAUUUAUUCAAAAAGAGCUACUGUUGCACUAAUAAAUGAUUAUAAAAACCCUUUAUUAUCAGCUGAUGAGAAAAUGGCAAUGUUGCAUUGGCUGAAUUUGGGUAAUAUAAUGUUGACGCAGCAAGCAACAAUUGUAAAGAUGUCGAAUAAUCAGUUAUUUACGUUUAGAACUAUGAAAAAUAAUACAUUUAAUUUAAAAGAAAAAAAGAAAAAUGAAAUAUACGCAUUAUGUUUACAACAUAUGAAAUUAGCAACUCGUAAUCAAAUUGUUCUCACUAAAGAAGAAAGUCAGGUGUGUUAUGAAUGUUUACAACAUCAAUCAAAAGAGAUGGAAACUUGUUCAAGUUGUUAUUUUGCUCUACUUUGUUCAGAAUGUUGCAAAAAUCGACAUAAUAAAGAAUAUAAUUGUAAAGUACUAAUGAGCCAAAGUUAUAUAAUUAAAAUUCAAAAUGAACUAAAUGACAACCAAAUUAAUAAAAAUUCAAAUUUAUCUUUUACCCGUCGCAUAUCUAGUGAGAAAUCUAGGAUGAAUAGUGAACAAUUGGAAAUCCUUAAGCACAUUUCUUCGGCUUUAGUAUCAUCGCAGUUUUCAAAAACGUUAACAUUGACAAUGCAUUCACGGUCAUCAGUUUUUUCAAAAACAUCGGACUACUCAUCUUCAGUUUUAGAUGAUGCAAGUUAUUACAGUCAGUCUAAGCAAUCUAUGCAGUCAAUGCAGACUAUGCAGACAAUUCAGUCCAUGCAGACAAUUGAGUCUAGGCAGACAAUUGAAUCUAUGCAGACAAUUGAGUCUAUGCAGUCCAAGCAGCCUAAGCGGUCUAAGCAUUUGGAGCAGUCUAAGCAGUCUAAGCGUUCUAAGCAGUCUAAGCAGUCACAAGACAAAGUUAUAAACGAACCCCACUCAACAAACUACGAAUUUAAAGAUGAGUCAAACUAUUCUAGUACUAAUCAAAUGUACAAUUCAAUAUCUUCACAAAUCAGCAAUUUAAGUGUCAGAAGACGUAGUAACGGUCUAGAUUACGACAAGAAGAAUUCGUCGAAUGUUCACUCGGAUAUUGAAGUUACUAUUGAGGAUACGCGUAAUUACUCUAAGCAGUCUAAGCGGUAUCAUGAGUCUAAUCAGUCACAAAAAUCAACAAAAUACAAAAACAAAAGUUUUAUAGAUGGGUCAAACAAUUCUAGAACUAAUGAAAUGUACAGUACAGUAUCUUUACAAAACACUAAUAGCAGGGUCAGAAGUCAAAGUAACGGUCUAAAUUACGACAAGAAGAAUUAUAUUCACACGGAUAGUGUGGUGAAAUUGCAAAAUAAAAAUGAACAAAAUGACAGGAGAUCACGACAAAAAAAUGCAAAAAAAAGAGAUAAAAAACUUAUUCUAAACAAUCGAGUAAAUGUACUUGCUAUAUCUACUAUGAAAUACAGAAUGAUUAGAUCACCGGGUUGUUGGAUACCAAUAUUUAUGUUCAUCAACCGUGGCUCAUAUGAAGACGUAACUAUAUUACAAAAUGUAAUAAGCCCAGGAAUGCCAUAUAUUUUAAUGGUUGAAAAAAAUGGACAAGUUUACUAUAAGAUUAAUGCUAAUCAAUAUGACAUGUUGAAUAACUACAGUUUGAUAUAAAAUCACUUUAAUAUAUGUACGAGAAUCGUAGAUUUAUGUUAUAUAGUUAUUAAAAAUUAUGGAAUACAACUUUAAUAAAAAUAAUAAUGAAAACUAUCAAUGUAUUUUAAUGAAA